AUGGACAUGUUAACAGUCACGAGGCUGUUCCUGUGGUCCACAACUGCGCACCACAAGCACAACAAGUUCUUGCAGGGCGUUUUGCUGCGAACAACAGCGGGAGAUAUUGAUAUAGAGCUGUGGUCUAAGGAAGCCCCGAAAGCAUGUCGAAAUUUCAUUCAGCUUUGCAUGGAAGAGUACUACAAUAACACAAUAUUCCACAGAGUUGUGCCUGGUUUUAUAGUGCAAGGAGGUGAUCCCACUGGUACUGGAUCAGGUGGAGAUUCAGUGUAUGGAGCUCCUUUCAAGGAUGAGUUCCACUCACGAUUGCGAUUUAAUCGCAGAGGACUUGUUGCUAUGGCAAAUGCUGGACCCCAUGAUAAUGGCAGUCAGUUUUUCUUUACGUUGGGUCGUGCAGAUGAACUUAACAACAAGCACACAAUCUUCGGAAAGGUUACAGGGGAUACUAUCUAUAACAUGUUGCGACUGGCUGAAGUAGAAGUUGACAAGGAAGAGAGACCACUUAGUCCACACAAAAUAAGAAGCAGUGAGGUUUUGUUUAAUCCAUUUGAUGACAUUGUUCCAAGAGCAAAUAGAAGGCUGAAGAAGGACAAACCAGAAGAAGAAGUUAAAAAGUCCAAAUCAAAAGCCACAAAAAAUUUUAACCUGCUUUCCUUUGGGGAGGAAGCUGAAGAAGAAGAAGAAGAAGUCAACAGAGUUAGUCAGAGCAUGAAGGGAAAAAGUAAAAGUAGUCAUGACCUACUGAAGGAUGAUCCCCACCUAAGCUCAGUUCCUGCUGUCAAAAGUGAAGCAACAGAUGAAGAAAGGGGCUCAAGUGAGGAGGAAGAAGGACAUAAUGAAGAUACUGAUAGUGUAGAAGAUGAAGUCACUAGCAAUGAGAGAUUUCAAAUGAAAGAGCGCAUUGCAAAAAAGUUGAAAAUUGACACAAAUGAAUCUGUUAAAUUACCACCUCAAGAUGAGGAAGCUAAGGCAGAAAAGAAAACGACCAGUCGUAG